AAAUCGCGCACCGAUAGUUCGUGAAUCGUUACAAUUACGUUGCUGAUUUUACAUUUAUAUUCCUGUUUAUCUGUAAUUCCGGCUGUGAUACCGGAUUCCGCUAAAGAAUGAGCAAAUUAGAGGACCUCACCAACGAGCAGCUCCAGAAGAAGCUGCAAGAGUACGGCUUGGUCAACAUGCCGGUAACUCAGACGACUCGUGCGGUUUUGAUAAAACGACUCAAGAAAAAGGUGGAAGAAACCGAUUCGAAGGUACGUCGCGAAACCGUUCAUGUGGUGAAAUAUUCCUCCGAUGAGGAUAGCGAAAAGACGGAGGCCGUCAAUGAUAAAAAAUCCCAGAAGAAAGAGCCCAACCGACGAGCAACGAUUGGCGUGUCAGCAGCCAAGUUGUCUAAGGAUUUACCGGUUCUGCCGAAAUUACCACCCCCAAAACCCGUGGUCACAGAGAAACCGAUUGAAGUUUCACAAAAGCGGCGCUCUGGAAGAGUAACGCCAGUUCAGCAGAACAACAAAGACACCGCUGCGGCUGUUCCGAAGGAACCAAUGAUCGUCGAGGACUCCGAUGACGACGAAGAUCUUCCCUUGACCCAGCUGCAAAGACGUGACCGUAGCUCGAAGAGCCCGUCGCUCAGUCGCGCCGAAACCGUUACCACGUCAUACGUUCAUCAGGUCGAAAUCACUUCGAAGCCACCGAUUGUCGAGGAAAUGGAAGUCGAUUUGACCGAGUCCGUUGACGAGUCGGAAAAGGAACCGGAGCAGGAGCCUUACAGACGUCCCGUUGUGACACCUUCCCGCGAGUCUCGUCUUAUGGGAGGCAGUUCCACAAUAACCAGUACAAGGACCACAAUCGCCGGCACGCCGGGACUUUCGCUGAAUCGCCCACAACCAGAGUUGUCUACCUCUUUCGGACGACCGUCAAUGGCUACAUCGUACAACUACAAUUCUCCCCUUCGCGAGGAACGAAAACUGGACCCGUCCGAUUCUCCGUAUUUGAGUGAAUUCACCAAGCGUUUAUCUCGUCUGAAAGCCGAAACCGCUCAGAUUAACGCGUCCCGCGAAGUUCCGAUGCGGCGCACUAUGGUCCCGAGCUAUGCUUCUACAUCACGUACCAGCGAUGGUUCCAGCGAUUACGUUCGAUUGCCCACGGCCGUACGCGGACGGUACGACUCGAAGGGGGCGGCCACCGGCAAGGGUGAACUGCGAGCCUCCCUUCGGCAGGUCAUUUUGUCUCUCGACCAAAAGUUUCCCAUCAAACGGAUCUUCUACCUGCUGAUCGUGGCCAUGAUCGUUAUAUUUUUGUUUGUGUUUUUCUUUCUCUAGAGUGGCUGAAGCUGAAAGCUGAUAAAAGAUGUGCAGACAUUAAUGUUGGUAGUGGCAUUUAUACUCGUGACCCUAAUGUAACUUGAUAUUGUUUCUUUAUGUCUUUAUGCCGGAUAAU